UUAUGAAUGACGGCCGGCGGGAGUGUUAUCCAGAUAAAUUGCCUGUUGUUUUUCUCUCGGCCUCUGUGGAAGCUAGUGGUUUGCAGGCAGCAGCUCCCACAGGCAGCCUCGGAAUUCCAGCUCCGGCUGGGCGGGAAGGCGCAGGCGGCCCAGGUCGCCGACACGCUCACGCACCCUCCCUGCCUGGCCGCGCCUCUGCGACCAGGUGAUCCAAUGAAAGAAGAAAAUGAAAGCCAUCAAGAAAAGUCUUACAGAAGAAGAAUACCUGUAUCUGGACUUUUCUCACCAAACAAAAGGAUGCAUCUUUCCUCUUCAUACAUCUGUUAGUCAGUGGACCAGGCUGUGUGAACUCACCAUCCCUUUGGCUAUUGAGAAUUUUCUCAGAGAGUCUUCUGACCAGCCCCUAAAUAUACCUGUAGAAAUACUACAGCUAGAGAAAAAGCUUAGUGAGCCUGUUAGAGUGCAUAAUGAUGAUAAACUCCGCAGGCAGAAGCUCAAGCAACAGAAGGCUGAUGAAGCUGAGCCUCAUCUUACUAAGGGAAAGGCAAAGAGCAAGGUCCACACACAGGAAACAUCUGAAGAGCUGGACUCUGCAUCCAAGAGUCUGGAAUUGAAAGUGGCAUUCUCAAAGCUCACGGUACAGGAAGAACCGGCUACUACCAACAGAGAGCCGUCUCACAUUAGAAAAGCAAAAGCCUCCGACCUUCCACCUCUGGAGCAUGUGUUUGCAGAAGGGCUUUACUUCACUCUGGCAGAUAUCGUGCUAUUGCCCUGUAUCCAUCAUUUCUUGGUAAUUAUCUGCAAGAAGUUUUCUGAGAAGCUGGUAGAAUUUCCAUUGCUAACCUCUUGGUACCAGAGGAUUCAGGAAGUGCCAAGAGUGAAAAUAGCAGCUUCUAAGUGUGGGAUCCAGUUUCUCCAUUUACCAGAGUUGUUGACAACCUCAACUGAACAUCAUCCAAACUUAAGUGAAGUCCCAGGUGUAGAAGAACAAAACGAUCCUUUAUUUAUAGGAGGACCGAGACCAACCAUGGCCAAAUUAAUGGAAAAGGGCAUUGAAGUGAUGUUUUCUCCCCACCCUUGCCCUACUUGGACUCUUGAUUGGAAUGUUCUCCCUGCAGCAGUCAGUCCUAAGGAAGGUAAAAUGUCCAGUGAUCGAGCUUUGAGGAAGCAGCAACAGUUGAACAACCUUGUCUAUAUGGUAACAAAUCAGGCCAAACCUGGUGACAGAAUUGUGGAUUUCUGCAGCGGUGGGGGCCAUGUUGGAAUUGUCCUUGCUCACAUGCUGCCAUCAUGUCAGGUUACAUUAAUAGAAAACAAGGAAUUAUCAUUAAUUCGUGCUAAGAAGAGAAGUAAUGAACUGGGUUUAAACAACAUUUGGUUCAUUCAAGCAAAUAUGGAGUAUUUUACUGGGAUGUUUAAUAUUGGAGUGGCAUUGCAUGCUUGCGGAGUGGCAACAGACAUGGUGAUUGAGCACUGUAUCAAAACACGGGCUUCCUUCGUCACAUGCCCUUGCUGUUAUGGUUUCAUUCAGAAUACCUCAAAGUUCAAUUUUCCAAAAAGUGAACAAUUCAAGAAAACUUUAUCAUACAAGGAACACAUGAUUCUGUGCAGAUUUGCAGACCAGACAGCUGCCCAGCUCCCACCCCAACGAAGGCUCAUAGGAAAACAGUGCAUGUGCUUGGUGGAUCUGGAUCGAGCAAGAGCUGCAGAAGAAUGUGGCUACUCCGUUCAAGUGAUAUCCAUGGAGCCAGAGAGCUGCUCUCCCAAAAAUAACAUGAUUGUGGGAAUCCCCAUUUAAAAUGAGAUAUUCACAUUUGAUAUUUUGCCAUCUGUCUUCACGUUGGAUGCCCAGUGGCAUUCAGGAGGUUCUUAGCAUAACUAGGAAACAGCAUUAGCCAUCUUGAAUCUAUUGUGCUCAGGAAGAAAAGCAACAGGAAAAUCUUAGAAGAAAGGCUUCCUGCACAGCAUCACAAAUGCUCUUACAAUGUGUGAUUAAAGGACUGCUGGUUUUCAUAGUGAGAAUCCCCUGAAGUCUCAGCUGCCAAAAGAAUAAUGCUAGUGGAGAUUCCAUCACAGGAAUAACAAUUUCCUUCUCACUUCACAAGCUCUUCUGAUCUUGCCAAUGUGAUGUUUAAUUCAAAACAGUGUACUUACAGCCUUUAUUUUAUACUUAUUUAGAUAUUCACAUGGGGACUCAAACUAGACUCGGAGUUUUUUUGUUUUUUAUAUUUUUAACAAUUGUACUUUUUCUAUAACUUUAAAAAAUCUAGUCAGGUAAUUAUAGUAUAAUUAUUUUUAAGCUGGGGUUAGUUGAACUUGUAUAGCAUUUGAUAUACUCCUUUUAAAUAUAUUUCUGCCAGGCAUGGAGGCUCAUGCCUG